AUGCCUCCAGGAUUCGACAUCGUGCACCCCAUCCAAGUAGACGCCGGCGGCUCGUUUGUGUCCUACGACUUGUCUCCUCGCGUGUUGCACAAAAGGGACCUCUCGUCAAGGACCAGCUCCUCAUCCUAUUACGAGCUGCAUUACAGAGGGCAGGACCUGCGGUUCAACCUGAGCGUCAACCAAGGGCUCCUAGCCCCAGGCUUCGUCAGGGAGCGGCGGCACGGUGGCCUCGCCCAGACCAGGAUCCAGGCCUCCCUCCACGGCACCUGCCAUCUCCUCGGAGAAGUGCGGACCCAGCAGUGGCGAGGUGGCUUAGCCGCCAUCAGCACCUGCAGCGGCUUGAAAGGUGUGUUUCGACUGUCGCAGGAAGACUAUUUCAUCGAGCCUUUGGAUGUGAGGGAACCCGAAGCUGGGACGGCCCUCCCUCACGUGAUCUAUAAGCGACAGGCACCCGAACACCGGGAGGACUUGAGAGCACAUUCCAGUGUAGGGAGAGAAAACAAGCCUCCCGAUGUCCUGAGAACUUGUGGAGUCGAAGAAUCUCAAGAAAACCUGGAGAAAUCGGAAAAGCGGAGGGAGCGGUGGGAACAGAAGCAGCAGAGGAAGCGACGCAUUAGGCAGCGCUCUAUCAGCAAAGAAAAGUGGGUGGAAACCUUGGUGGUGGCAGACCAGAAGAUGGUCGAGUACCAUGGCCCCGAGCACAUAGAGAACUAUGUGCUGACCGUCAUGAACAUGGUGGCUGGACUAUUCCAAGACUCUAGCAUCGGGAACCCCAUCAACAUUGCCCUCGUGCGCCUGGUCUUGUUAGAAGACGAUGAGGUGGACUUGAAGAUCAGCCACCAUGCCGACAACACCUUGAAAAGCUUUUGCAAAUGGCAGAAAAACAUCAACAUGAAGAGUGAUUCUCACCCUCAGCAUCACGAUGUGGCCGUCCUGCUCACGAGGAAAGACAUCUGCGCCGCGAUGAACAAGCCGUGCGAGACACUGGGCCUGUCUCAUGUCUCGGGGAUGUGCCAGCCCCACAGAAGCUGCAAUAUCAAUGAGGACACGGGUCUCCCACUGGCCUUCACCGUGGCCCACGAACUAGGCCACAGUUUUGGCAUUCAGCAUGACGGAAGCGGCAAUGACUGUGAACCAGUUGGGAAAAGACCUUUCAUCAUGUCUCCACAGCUCCUGUAUGACACCUCUCCACUCACCUGGUCCCGCUGCAGCCGCGAGUACGUCACACGGUUCCUCGACCGAGGCUGGGGCCUGUGCCUAGAUGACCCCCCUGCCAAAAAUGUGAUUGACUUCCCUUCGGUCCCUCCCGGAGUCCUGUAUGACGUCAGCCAUCAGUGCCGACUCCAGUACGGGGCAUACUCCACCUUCUGCGACGACAUGGAUAAUGUCUGUAACACCCUUUGGUGCUCCGUGGGCACUACCUGUCAUUCCAAGCUGGAUGCUGCUGUGGAUGGCACCACCUGUGGCGAGAACAGGUGGUGCUUCAACGGAGACUGCGUGCACAAGGGCUUCCGGCCAGAAGCCAUCCAUGGCAGCUGGGGGGCCUGGAGCUCAUGGUCGGUCUGUUCGCGGUCCUGUGGAGCAGGCGUGCAGAAUGCAGAGCGGCAGUGCAACAACCCCACGCCAAAGUACAGAGGCAAGUACUGCGUUGGGGAGCGGAAACGGUUCCGCGUGUGUAACAUCAAGGCCUGCCCCUCAGACAGACUAUCCUUCCGCCACACCCAGUGCAGUCAGUUCAAUGCCAUGCUCUACAAAGGGAAGCUCUACAAAUGGGUCCCGGUGCCCAACAAUGUUAACCCCUGUGAGCUGCACUGCCGCCCGGAGGGAGAGUACUUUGCUGAGAAGCUGCGGGACGCGGUGGUCGAUGGCACCCCCUGCUACGAAGGGAACACCAGCCGGGAUGUCUGCAUCAAUGGGAUCUGCAAGAAUGUGGGCUGUGACUACGAGAUCGACUCCAACGCCGUCGAGGACCGGUGCGGGGUGUGCCAUGGGGAUGGCUCCACCUGCCAGACAGUGAAGAAGACGUUCGAGGAAAGCGAAGGCCUGGGAUACGUAGACGUCGGCCUGAUCCCGGCCGGCGCAAGGGAGAUCCGGAUCGAGGAAGUGGCGGAAGCCGGGAACUUCCUGGCACUCCGGAGCGAAGACCCGGAGAAGUAUUUCCUGAACGGCGGCUGGACCAUCCAGUGGAAUGGGGACUACAAAGUGGCCGGGACCACCUUCACAUACGAGAGGACCGGCAACUGGGAAAACCUCACCUCACCGGGACCCACCCGAGAGCCCGUGUGGAUUCAGCUCCUGUUCCAGGAAAGUAACCCCGGUGUCCGCUACGAGUACACCAUCCGCAGGGAGGCGGACAGCGAGAAUGAGAUUCAGCCCCCGGAGUUUUCCUGGCACUACGGCUCCUGGACCAAGUGCACGGCUACCUGCGGCACGGGUGUUCAGAGGCAGAGCGUGCACUGCGUGGAGAAGCUGGCGGGGCUGGUGGAGGAACAGUACUGUGACGCGCUGAGCCGACCCGACGACAGACAGAAGAAAUGCAGCGAGGAGCCCUGUCCCGCCAGGUGGUGGGUGGCUGAGUGGCAGAAGUGCUCAGUCACCUGCGGCGAUGCCGGCCUGCGCAAGAGGACAGUGCUGUGCAUCCAGAGCGUGGGUCUGGACGAGCAGAGAGCCCUGCCCCCCGGAGACUGCCACCACCUCCCCAAGCCGGACGCCCAGGAGCCCUGCCCGCGGAAUCCCCCCUGCCCAGCCCGUUGGGCCACAGGCAACUGGUCCGAGUGCUCGGUGACUUGUGGGAACGGGAUGCAGCGACGGCCGGUUUAUUGCAGCAACGACACGGGGGCUCCCUGCAGCACUGCCCAGAGGCCUGAGUCAGAAACAGCCUGCUCCCUCCCGCAGUGCCUCCACUCCGACUGGUCGGGGAGCGGCUCCUCAAGCAAGGAACUCUUCAAUGAGAUCCACUACAUCCCUGGAAACCACUUUCCCAAGUUUCCCCCGCUGGGGGCCGGAGGAGCCCCCAGGGCCAACGACCUGAACCUCAUCGGCGAGGACGACUUUGCCUCUCCCGGCGGCAAGAAGGGCAACGUGUUCGUCGAUGACUUCUACUAUGAUUACAACUUCAUCAACUUCCAUGAAGACCUGUCCUAUGCCCCGCUGGGGGUGGAAACGGGCCAAGCCGGGGUCUCUCCCCCAGCUCCCAGUGCCAGGAACGGAAGUGGCUCCGAGGUGACCGGGCGGCCGACUUCCGGGCCCCUCGAGACAACCCAGGAGGCUGACGAGGAAGGGGCUGAGGUGUUUUCUGAAGUUUUCCCAUCCCCUCAGCCGGGCCCGGCUCACGGCUCAGCAGACAGCCCCACUCACUUCCCUACCACUAACCCCCUAACCGCCCUGCCUCCCCGAAGGCCGACCACAUCCCCGCCCACUGAACCCAGGGAUCCCAACUCCUCAGACAUCCCAAACCAAGCCGGGAGAGGGGAGCCUCAUCCCGUGGGAAGCGAAGGUGAGCCCAAGGGUGAGAAGAAUGGGCCUCCGAGGGCCACAGAUCAAGGGGAAGGGGAUGCCAGUGGCCUCCACCACUCCAUCGGAGGCUCUCAGGAGGAAGAGGAGGAGGAGGCAGACACACAGCCGCGGCUGGGGGAGACGGCUGAUGCUCCUGGCGACAAGGACCCCAUGGGCCCAGGGCCUGAGGGCCAGAAGCCCCCUGCGGGCCCAAGAGGUCACGGUUCAGCUACUCUCUUGCCCCCGCGACUCCAGGGGGCCCUGCCCGAGGAUCUGGCUCCUCUCCUUCCCACCCCUGGUCUAGAGAAGCCAAGCCCAGAAGGCAUCACUCAAGUCCCCGGGGACGCUGUACACUUCCUGUAUCCUAGUCACCAGGCCCCAACAGGCAGCAGCGCUUCCCCAGGAGGGACCCAGGUGCCUGGCCACUCCAGCCCUGCCACCACCGAGACUGUUCCAGGGGCAGAUGGCCAAAUGUUCCUGCCCCAUCCCUCCAUCCCUCCCUUGGGGCCCGCGGCCCCCAGACCAAGCAAGCCCCUCCUCUCUCCAGGCCCAACUCCCAGAGGGGGCUGGACACCAACCACGACCUCACUCUGGGACAGUCCAGCCAGCCCAGCAGACGUCCCCAUCAGAAGCUCUGCCCCUGACCAUGAGCUGACCCCCAGACCAGGGAAGGAGUUGGAUUCCAGGGAGCCAGAGGUGGGCUUCCACCCCAACUCCUCCAGGGUUCCAGAGACAACCAGCCCCGGGACCUUAGCCCAGAGAACUGGAUACUUCCCGACCACACUGCAGCCUUCCACCCUCCCACAUCACCCAGGGAGCCGGCGACCUCCCUCGGGGACCAUUCUGCCUGGGACCACUCCACUCCAUGCAGUGGUCCCUGCAGCAGCCAGCUGGGAAGUUGGAAACUGGAGUGAGUGCUCCACCACUUGCGGCCUGGGGGGCAUCUGGAGGACUGUCCGCUGCAGCUCGGGCCGAGAGGAAGACUGUGUCCUCGCCAACAAGCCGGUGCCCGCACGCAGGUGCUACCUGAGGCCGUGCGCCUCGUGGAGUGUGGGCAACUGGAGCAAGUGCUCCAAGAACUGCGGGGGCGGUUCCAAGGUGCGAGAUGUCCACUGUGCGGACCUGCGCGAUCAGCGGCUUCUCCGGCCUUUCCACUGCCAGCCCCUCCUCGGCAAACCCCCGGCCCAGCUGCCUUGCCACGUUGACCCAUGCCUGGACUGGUACAUGUCGUCCUGGAGGGAGUGUUCCGAGGCCUGCGGGGGUGGGGAGCAGCAGAGGCUGGUGACCUGUCCACAGUUUGGCAAGUGCGAUGAGCUGCUGAGGCCCAACACCACCAGACCCUGCAACACCCACCCAUGCACCAAGUGGGUGGUUGGAUCGUGGGGACCGUGCACGGCCCCCUGCGGGGGUGGGAUCCAGCGGCGUCUGGUCAAGUGCGUGAACACCAAGACCGGGCAUCCCGAGGAGGACAGCAGCCUGUGCGACCACGAGGCCUGGCCCGAGAACUCCCAGAAGUGCAACCCCCAGGACUGCGACCUCGGCGAAUCCGGCUCCAUCUGCGACCGAGACCGCCUGACGUUCAGCUUCUGCGAGACGCUCCGGCUUCUGGGCAGGUGCCUCCUUCCAACUGUCAGGGUGCAGUGCUGCAGAACAUGCCGCCUCCAUGGCUCCGGCCCCCGGGAGCGGGGAGAUGAGCGGGCGUCGCGGAGGUGAGGGAGCCCGGCCCGCCCUGGGCCCUGCUGCCCCUCGUCUGACUUUUCUUCUGGGGACCACGUUGGUGCUCUUUUUUUUUUUUUUUUUUUAACAACCCAGGGAAAAUGUACUUUUUAGCCAAAAGCUCCUGUCCACGGUGCUUCACCGGUGGUGCCGAGACCGAGCUGAGAGAACAGACGGGUUUCUCACUUUGCCAGUCAUACCUCAUAUCCCGCCACCACCCGGAGGAAGAGGAGGAGGAGGAAGAGGCGGCACUAGGCAGGGACAGGCAGGACCCAGCCACUGCCACCGGUGCUGCUACCCGGGGCUGAUCACACCCUUGCCCGCUGGCUGCCGGGAGGGCCAAUGUCCACCUCCUCCCUCUUUCUGGGGGGUGGGGGUACCUCGCCACCCCA